AUGGAAAGACAAGGAGUUAUAGAAUGUCCCGAAAAACCACCAAGAUCAAAGAAGACUAAAAAAGGAGAGAAUGUUGAGCAAACACUAACAGCACGAAAUCAUGAAAGAAGUGAUUGGGAUCCAGCAUGGAAAAUUAUUUUUCCCUGGGUAGAAAGAUGUGUUAUCGAUGAAAAACCUUUUAUGAUUUGUCUUUGGAGUAAGAAAUAUAACCCAGCAUCCAAUAAUCUUUUUGUAUCUGGGUGUAAUACAUUCAAAAAAUAUUACCUUAAUCAAUAUUUCAAAACCAACGACCAUGUAAAUGCCAUG